AUGAUCGAACCCGUCGAGGCUGAAAUGGCCCGCCCGCCUAUCUACAACGACCGACAGGAGCAGAUCCUCCAGGACGAGGGUGUCGAGCUUGACAAUGCUGUCACUCGCAACUCGCUCGCUGCCUCCGACCCGACUCUCCGCCACGAGGCUGCCAUCGAGGCUGAGAAGCACCAUGGCAAGAUCCUCGUCGACUUCGAGCCUGGAACGAAGGAGGACCCCCGUGAGUGGGGAAACCACCGCAAGUGGUUCGUCACCAUCGGCUGUGCCCUCCUCUGUAUCUCCGUCGCUCUCGGAUCCGCCAUGCCUACUGGCGACAUGCCCUCGCAGGCCAAGGAUCUUCAUGUCUCCAUGGAGGUCAUUUUCAUCUCCAUCUCGCUCUUCGUUCUGGGUUUCGGCGUCGGUCCCCUCAUCUUCGCUCCCCUCUCUGAGAUGAUCGGCCGUAAGCCCGUUUACUCGGUCUCGAUCUGCCUCUACUUCCUCUUCACCCUCCCGUCUUGUCUCGCCAAGAAUAUCGCUACCAUGCUCGCUGGUCGUAUGAUCGCCGGUAUUGCCUCCUCUGCCCCCAUGACCAACGUCGGUGGCUCGAUCGCCGAUGUCUGGGCUGUUGAGGAGCGUGGUAUUCCCAUGGCCAUCUUCUCGAUGACCCUCUUCAUGGGCCCCUGUCUCGGUCCUCUCUUUGGUGGUUGGAUCGCCCUCAAGACUCACCAGUGGCGUUGGAUCUACUGGGUCCUCUUCAUCUUCCUGGGUGUCGUCUCCGUUUUCACCUUCAUCAUGCCCGAGACCUACGCUCCCAUCCUCCUCCGUCGCAAGGCCAAGAAGCUCAACAAGGAGCACAACACCGACGUGUACAUCUCGAAGCACGACAUCGACCAGCCUCCCUUCAAGGAGCGUCUCCAGACCUCGCUUCUCCGCCCCUUCGUCCUUAUGUUCUGCGAGCCUAUCAUUCUCUUCAUGUCCUUCUUCCUGUCCUUCAUCUACUCCCUCCUCUACGCUCUUUUCUUCGCGUUCCCGAUCGCGUUCGAGGAGAUCCGUGGCUGGAACAUCGGUAUGACUGGUGUCUCUUUCGUUUCGAUCAUCAUCGGUAUCUCGAUUGCCAUGCUUUGCAUGCUUUUCCAGGAGAAGCUCUACGCCACGCACUGCCACAACGCUGGCAAGUCCGUGCCUGAGGCUCGUCUUUACCCCAUGAUGGUUGGUGCCAUCGUCAUGCCGAUCUCUCUCUUCAUCUUCGCCUUCACUACCUACGAGCACCACCCUGUUCACUGGAUCGGUCCCAUGGUCGCUGGAGUGCUCUUCGGCUUCUCCAUGCUCAUUAUCUACAUCUCGGCGAACUCUUACAUCGUUGACUCUUACGCCAACUUCGCUGCCUCCGCUGUCGCUGCCAAGACUUUCAUGCGUUCGUGCAUCGGUGCCUCCGUCCCUCUCUGGGUAAGUACACCCCCUAUCCCCUACUGCAGCUCCCUGGCUAUCCAGCCACCUCCACCUUGA